ACAUCUCGGCCGCUCCAACAUCCACUCUGGACAAAAUGGGCUUGAGAUAUUUGGAAAAUUUGUCAGACAAAACCAUGGCGUGUAAACGCCCUUCAGACUCAUGGCUUACUUAGGCGAAGCGGGCUAACCACAUUUUUUCUACAGUUUUAGGUUAUUGUUUUUUUAUUUUUGUUAUUAUCACCGGUGACAUGAAUUAGGGCGCUCCGUGUGUUAGAAAGUGGAAAAAAGACAAAGAGAAAAAGGCUUUCAGUAGCUACAAUGGUUUGGGCCUGAAAGAGACAAGAGCAACAUGAACCGUGAAGACCGGAAUGUGCUCCGUAUGAAAGAAAGAGAAAGGAGAAAUCAAGAAAUCCAGCAGGGAGGAGAGGCCUUUCCAUCCAACUCCCCUCUCUUUCCUGAACCUUAUAAAGUUUCCAAGACAGAAGAUAAACUUUCGAGUCGCAUCCAGAGCAUGCUAGGAAACUACGACGAGAUGAAAGAAACCAUCGGUGAACCUCCUCUGUCUAAGCUCAUGCCCAAAGCCUCCGGCUCUUCCACUUCGGAGGAGAAGUCUAUGUACAGUGAAACACGAGGGGGAGGCGGUCAGAGCCAGAGUCAGGGCAACAAAUGGACUCCUGUGGGCCCGGCCUCUGGAGCCUCUUCCUCGUCUUCAUCCAAGUCCCAGAACCGCUCCAGCUCGGGCAUGCAGAGCAGCCACAGCAGUAGCCAACGUAGCGGCUCCGGUGGCAGCAGCCAAAGGCAUGAACGUGACUUCAGCAGCAGCAGUAGCAGCAGCAAGAAGUCAAGCAAGCAUGAGCACAAGUCACACGCCACCUCCAGCCCAGCUAAGGGCACUUUGAACUCCAGUAGCCACUCGCGCUCGCUAACGGCCGAGCACCACGGUAAGGAGCGCUAUCGAUCCAAAUCGCCCAGAGACCGUGAGGCCAACUGGGACUCUCCUUCUAGGGUGCACUCUUCCUCCUCUUCUUCGUCGUUCCCCAGUGGCCAGCAUUCCAGCCAGACUUUCCCUCCCUCGCUCAUGUCCAAGCCUGGCUCCAUGCUGCAGAAACCCACAGCCUAUGUGAGGCCCAUGGACGGCCAGGAAACGGCUGAGCCCAAGACCUCCUCCGAAUCCUACGGGAGCCAGUCCCACAGCAGCAGCAUGGGGGACAUGAAGGGCAACGGCAAAGCAUCACUCACCAAGCUCAAGAUUCCAGCACCAGUAGAGGGAUCCAUGACAGGAGACCCAAGCUGCGUUGAUGAGAUUUUAAAGGAAAUGACUCAGUCCUGGCCUCCUCCACUUACAGCCAUUCAUACUCCCUGCAAGACAGAGCCUUCAAAGUUCCCCUUCCCCACUAAGGAUGCCCAGCACACAAGUUUUGGAGGACUCAAAAAAUGCAUCUCAGGGAAGGGCACAUCCACCAGUCAGCAGUCUAAGGCAUGCGAUGGUGACCAGAACAACAUGCUGCACGAUGAUCUGAAACUUAGCAGCAGCGAAGACAGUGAUGGAGAACAAGACUCUGCCAAAAGGAACCCCUCAGCAAGUAAUAACAGUAAUAAUAACAGUGAAGUAGCUGAGCGGGAAGACUCCAGCAGUCACAGCGGCUCAGAGAGCAGCUCUGGAUCAGAGAGUGAGAGCGAGAGCAGCUCCACUGACAGCGAGACCAAUGAACAAUCCUGCGUACCCUCACCUGAGCGCGAACAGCCUCCAGCCAACAAGUGGCAAUUGGACAACUGGUUGUCAAAGAUGGAGGAUCGCGAGGCCAACACAGGCCGAGGCUACGGCAGCCAGGGCCCCAAAGACUCCACCCCUACCCCAGGACGGGACCUGCGGGCUCCCCAGAAGGGUUCAGAGAGUGGCCGGGGCCGGCAGAAAUCCCCUGCUCAAAGUGAGGGUGGUGGAACCAGCCAGCGGCGAUUUGUUGGGAAAAAGCAGCCCAAGAAGCCAGAGAAGCCGCCUGUGGUGGAGGAGCCGAAAGGUGGCCUGAAGGUGGAGAGUGAACCUCCGCCUGAGAUUCCACAGCACCGUGCUCGGGCACCCAACAAAGGCCCACGCAAACCUAACAUUAGGAAGGAUCCCAAAUCGUCGUCAUCUCCCAGGGCAACACAGGACAAGCGCAAGGCAAAGGCACAAGGCAAGACAGUGCAAAAGUCGCGGGAAUUUGUGGACACAGAGUCGUCUUCCUCAGAAUCAGAGGGUGAGGAGAGCGCCCCUUCAUCCUCACAAACGCCAAAAUAUGUGCCUGUUUGUGUCUUCUCGCCCAUUGAGAACACGGAGCUGUUGUCACCGUUAAGCGAUCCAGACGAGAGGCCGCCACCCCCCAGACAGCUUCUGGUGACCAUUGACCUGAGCCUCCUGAGUCGAGUGCCCGGCCGACUGUACAAGGACAUUGAAGUGAAAGUGGAGAGGGACUCAACUGGAGAAAGCAAGGAUUUCCAGAAGCAGUCAGGGGAGAAGGGAGCCAGCAAGGGCAAGAGGAAACAUAAGAAUGACGAUGAUGGCGUUAAACCAGAUAACAAGAAAUCCAGGCAGGAAGAGAAGCCUUCACAUCAUAAACCAAAUAAGGAGUCUUCAAAGCGGAGUGUGGACAAGGAGAAAGACCCUGUGCCCUCUCCCUCAAUGGCCCUGCAGCGGACGCCAAAGUCGGAACACCAGGGCCGCAAACGUACAGCCAGCCAGUCAUCCACCUCGCUGCCAAGCAGUGCCAGCAGCAAAGAAAGUGGCAAGAGCAGCUCCAGCUCCAAGCACCGAAAAGGCGAGGACAAACAAAGCCGCAGCAGCAGGGAAACCAAGGAGAAGAUCCCUAAGAUGGAGAAUCAGCUGGCUGUACCUCCUCUUUCCUCUGACAGUUCAAAGAGAUCGAGACUGCUCUUUGAGGACAGGGUCCACUCUGCCGACCAUUACCUCCAAGAGGCUAAGAAGCUGAAACACAAUGCAGAUGCUCUGAUGGACAGGUUUGAAAAGGCUGUUUAUUACCUUGAUGCUGUGGUCUCCUUUAUUGAAUGUGGCAAUGCCUUGGAGAAAAGCGCCCAGGAAGCCAAGUCUCCUUUCCCCAUGUAUGCUGAAACUGUGGAACUCAUUAAGUACACUAUGAAAUUAAAGAGCUAUAUGGCACCAGACGCUACCUCAGCAGACAAAAGGCUAGCCGUACUGUGCCUAAGGUGUCAGUCUCUCCUCUACCUGAGACUUUUCAAACUGAGGAAGGAAAGUGCACUGAAGUAUUCAAAGACGCUCACUGAACAUUUGAAGAAUUCAUUAAGUAAUACUCAAGCUCCAUCUCCUGGAAUGGGAAAUAAAGCUGCCGGUAUGCCGUCCCCAGUAUCUCCUAAGCUGUCUCCCGGCAGUGCCGGCAGCUACUCCUCUAGCAGCUCCAGCCAGAGUGGAAGCUCCUCCGUAACCAUCCCGCAGCGCAUCCAUCAGAUGGCCGCCAGCUACGUGCAAGUCACCUCAAAUUUCCUCUACGCUACUGAAGUAUGGGACCAGGCUGAGCAGCUGGCCAAAGAGCAAAGAGAGUUCUUCACCGAGCUGGACAAGGUGAUGGGCCCUCUGAUCUUCAACACCAGCAGCAUGACUGAACUGGUGCGUUACACGCGGCAGGGCCUCCACUGGCUACGGCUUGACGCAAAGCUCUCCUCAUAAAGGCCUCACGUCCCCUCCCUCCCUCUCUCCCUCAAGCCUACUGGCCAUGUUCCCCAUCCGUGCUCCUGUACACCUACACAACACUCUCAAACUUAAUCUGCCUCAGACAUAUCUGUGACACUGUGUCCAUUUUCUACACCAGCUUGCCAAAAAAAAAAACAAAACAACACUGAGCUAUUUGGAACGCCGUACCCCCCUCCUCGACGCUUAUAAAUAUUCAUGAGCGGGAAGGCAACCAAGUGCACAUUUAUCAAAUGGACAUUCUUAGGCUGCGUUAAUCCUGUCCGCAUCAUUGAAAAGCCAUUUUUUGUUGGUUUUCUAACUUGGCCUCAGUUUUGUUUUUUUUUUUGUUUUUUUCCUCUUACAGCUGUGAACAACCAUGAACAAUACUUUUGGACUUUUAUGGCUUUUUUUUUUUUUUUUUUUUUUUAACCAAAGUACCUCCCUUUAACCAAAGGUGCUUUAAAAACAAAGGGGUUGUCCUUUUAUCUUUUUUGUGCCUUGUAUAUGAUAUACAGGAAACUAGGAGAUACAGUAUCUUGUUUGUCCACAGGGGUUGGUCCUGGAACUAGGUUGUGACUUUGUACGAGGAGCGUGUGCCACAGGGUGAGGCUGGGGAAUGCUGAUGGACGUUAACAGUGAUUCGAGAAAGCAUUCCAUUCGAUGUACAGAACACAGUGUGGCUAUGCCACAUCGUAAAGAGACAUCAUUGCAUGCACAAAAUGUCAUUUGUCUUCGCAGGCGCCAGGCCAGCCGAUCAUCAGGGUUUGGUGUGGCGGCCAUCUUUAAUGGUUCAACGUUGACACUGAACAUGUCUGCAUUUUUGUUUUUAUUUAUUUAAUAUAACGGCAUCACCUUGUUGACCAAUAGGACCUAAAACGUCAUAUCAAACUUUUUUUUUUUAAUUCCCCCAGCCAGUUUGUCCAAUGUUCCUCCAACUUUUCUGUAGUUUGUUGGUCAUUUUCCAGAUCAUGAGUUUAUCAUUGAGCCUAACACAGUCGUUAUCUUGUUCUCUCUGGCCAAGGCUUUUAGACUUUUUAGGGGACUCUCUUUAGCCAUAGCUUUUAUCUUCCUAAGCACAGGACUAUUUUAUGACUGCCGCUUAAGUACCUGGCCCAAUAUAUAUUUUAUUUAGAUACAGAAAAUUAGCUUUGUUCAAAGUUGCAUUUACACUCGCAGUUUUAUUUUAUUUUGGCUUGAGUACAGGGUUGUAAUAUGAGAUAUUGUAUUUCUAUUGUAUAUGAAAAUGUCAUAUUUAAAUAUUUAAUGUUGUUCUUGAGGUUCCCUUUAUAGGUUCAUAGUCAUUUGUGUACUACAAAUCAUUUAAAGGAAAGAAGUCAUCUAAGGAAUAUAUUUAUGAUACUAUUGAAAUUUACAGUUUAUAUAUACAAUGCGCAGUAUACUUGCAGAUUAAGUUGUUUUAGUGCCCAGAAGAAAUCGUAUUGUACCAUAGCGGUCUCAUUUUGUCCAAAGUGUUUGCAGUAAGUGGGGCAUCAUAGACUAAAAGUGAAAUAUUAUAAACCACUUUUGAUGGUACAGUAAUAGCGACAAAAGAAAUGGAUUCACAUCUUAUAAGAUUGCAGUUCCUUGGUUCAGUCCGCAGUGUAUUAAAUGCUGGAAAUCUACCAUUUCUUGCACUAGAAACUUUUUUUAUUUCAUUGGCUCCCUGUUUUUUCUGUAGGGACAAACUGUUAUUUCUUCUUGCACUCGUUCAGAGUAGAGUAAGAAAUCUGUCUAUGCAGAUUUUUUUUUUGUUUGUUUCCUUUAACAGUCCUCACAACUAGCAUGGGCAGUAGUUCAACAGCCAGUAAAUUCAAUGUCGUUUUAUGUGUAACAUCCACAAAGUAUUGCACAUUGACUUUAACUUUGGGUUUGGUUAUGUUAAGGUAAAUUCUUAAGGUAGUUUCUUCAUAUAUAUUUUAUAAAGGGACAAUUCUUAACAGAUAUUCUACGUUUGCCUCUUGUUUGUUGCACAUGUGCUGAAAGUGCUUACUGCUUGGUCUAGAUGGUAAAUGACCUGAAGAAUCCAUGGUAAUUUAUAGCUGGAUUUGGUGGUUCAGUUCACUUGCAUUACUUACUUUAAGCAUAUUAGUAACAUGCGUUGAGGCAAAUAUGGACUGUUAUUGAAAUGACCCUCUUUUUUCUUGUUAUUUUCAUAGAGAUUGUAGACCAUUACUCAGAGCCCAUUGAUCAUACAGAGGCAGGGUUUUGUUGCUUGCAUAAUUAUUGACUUAUGCACUACUUUGAUUUAAGUAGAGGUUCCAGGGUGAGAAUAACUACAGGUGAUUGAUUCGUCACAGAAAUAUUCCUACGGCCUUCUCACCACACUUUAUUUUAUUAUGUCCUUGGCAUAUUUUUUUUUUAGUAUUAUUUCUACCUUUUUUUUCUUACUGUAUUUCACAGGACUGCUUUUAGAUGAGUUUUAUUUCCAGAUGAAAAUCAAUGAAUAAUUCUCUUAUUAUAACUAUAAACCAGGGUAAGACAAAAAAACUUUUUUCUGACAUCCUAUACAAAAGCAAAACACUUGCAUGUUUCUAUUUAAAUACUACACUGUACAAAUGUACAUAAUGUCUUUUAGGGUAAAUUUUUAUGGCAGUUUAACAUUUGUAUUAAGUUGUAAAUAGAAUGUGAAUAUUUUACGCCUUUUUCUUUUUCAUUACCGAACUUUUCAUUUCUGUAUGUCACUGUGUGUUUUCAUUUGUUUCCUUUCUUGUCACAUCCAUUACUGUACUACUCUGUUUUCUACAACCACAUCACUGCGUGUUUUAUCAUUCAGAUUCUUAGAAAUGCUUAGUAUGUUUUAUGUACUAUACGAUGGAGUCGUCAUUCGGUUGAUAUUCUUAGUCCGUUUCAAUUCUGUCUAAAUGAGAUGUUGGCAGUUGACCCUAAGGAGGGGGCUGCUGUAGCCUGUGUUCUUCUGAGCUGUUUCUGUAUGUUGAACUGGUCUCAAUGUGUAUAUGUUGUACCCAUUUUAUGAUUCUCAAAAGGCAGAUUAUCUUGGCGCAGACAGUUCAGUAUAAUCAAAAUCAAGUUUAGUUUUUAAAGUAUUAAGAAGAGAUUGAAAAGUUUUUACAUAUAUAUUAUGGAUGCAAUAUGAUUUAUGAUUUAAAGGUACUCUCAUGAGCCUCGAUUAUCCUAACUUGUAAUUUAAAAACAUUUUUUUGUGAAGUGAGUAUUACUGGAUACUAAUGGGUUUUACGAGUCUGUUGCGAAUAUUCUUUGUAUUUUGCUGUAUUGAGAAUAAAAUAUAUGAUCAUUGAA